AUUUUGUUUUUUAUUAAUUCUUGUUGAUUUAGCAAGUGAAAUUCUUCGAAACAGCUGGGUUAUUUCGUUCCUAACGCAAUUUUCUGGCUCUUUCUGCCAUCUGAGGGGUCCAAAAGCCAAAAAACACGCAUUCCGGGAGUUUAUGUUUUUUUGUUUUUUUUUUUUUGGAAAAACAUUGCAGAUUUUCAACGGUUUUGAUGGUUUUCGUUUCAAAUAUUUUUAUCCAAAAUCUUGAUAAAAAUACAACUAACCUCAAAAAAAUUUUUUUUGGUUAUGCAGCAUUUCGCUAGAUUUGUUUGGUAAAAAAAUUGAGGAUGUUUUCGUGGUUUUUCAACAAUUUUCUUUGCAAAAUGGGAGGUCGCGUUGAAAUAGUGCCAAAAAACGAAGAAAACAUUCCGGCACCUUUCUGUCUUCACGGGCCUUGCAUUUGCUUCCGGAAAGUAAGACAAAAUUCUGAACAUCUCGAAUACUACGCUUGUUCCCUUUAUCGGGAUGGCAAGAAUUGCAGGGCAUUUAUUAUCGUGAAGGACUGGAUGAAUUAUCAGGACCGAGAGGAGAAAAAUAAAUGGGUAAUAAGGGAAAUUCUCAGGCAGAAUGAAUCCCAGAAAUUGAAUGCGAAGGAUUUUUCGAAGAAGCCUCGAAAGGACUUUUGCAAGACAUGUGGAGCAUUUGUGAAUGAAGAACAAUUGCACCAACAUUCCAAGCAUUUAGUACUGAGAGAUCUGGGAAAGCAGCAGAUCAGGGAGAUUCAGGAAUGUCCCUCAAAAUUCUUCGAACUGAAAGAGAACGAUAAGGGUGAAGCGCAGUACAUUUUUUCUGGAAAAACACUGAAUUUCUUCGAAAAUUUGCUUGUAAAGCUGAAUUUCACAAAGAUUCUGUGUAUUGGCACUCCCACACUACAUGCUCAACUGUCCAGGAAAUCGUCACGACAAGGAAUCCGAAGUUAUCUCCUGGACAUCGAUGAGAGAUAUGGAAAUUUUUUCGGGAGGAAGGAAUUUUCGAAAUUUAACAUGUUCAAUUGUUACUUCUUUGAAUCCCAAACCAGCAAGAAGAAUCUCAUGGAUUUCUUGAAGCAGGAAAAAGGGGAUAAAUUAGCCAUCUUCGUGGAUCCUCCCUUUGGAUGUCGCACAGAACUUCUCGGAGAGGGUCUAAGAAAUGUACAAAAGCUUUGGAGGGAAUGUAAUGGGAAUCCCACGGAAGUUGUCACAAUUUUCCUCAUUUUCCCAUACUACAUGGAAACUUACGUGAAGAAGGAGAUGCCUCAGCUCGAGAUGAUGGACUACAGGGUGAAUUAUGUCAAUCACACCACAUUCCAUGAUGAUGAAGAUGGAGGGAGGUUUGGAUCUCCUGUGAGGGUGUUCACGAAUGCCCAGCCAUCACUCGUUGUUCUACCAGAAGAUGAGGGCUACAGGGAAUGCAAGAUUUGUCGACGAUGGGUGGCUAGAGAGAAUAGCCAUUGCUCCAUUUGCCAGCAAUGUCCAUCAAAGAACGGCGGGAGCUACAAACAUUGCAACAUGUGUGGCCUAUGCGUUAAAUCUUACUACAAGCACUGCAAUAUAUGCAACCGUUGCACCCAAGAAUCUGGACACAACUGCAAAGAUUAUCAGAAAUUCGUCUCUUGCUGGAUUUGUCGACGAACUGGGCAUAUUGAGAAGUUUUGCUCGUUGCGCAGUAAAAAAGGAAAAGUUACAGCAAAACGCAUUUGUGGUAUUUGCUUGAAGAAGAAUCACAGCGAAUUAAUUUGCACAAAGAGACAAUCAAUCCUGAGUGAGGAAUAUUUCUUGGGGAGCUACACAAUAAAUCAUGUACAAGUCAAUAGAUAAAAUUAUAUUAAAUUAAAAGCAUUACAUAGUACAUCA